AAUACCCUGGACAUGUCUUCACAGAUCAACAUGUCAGAACCCAUGUGCCUCAUUGAGAACUCAGAUCAGCAGCUACUGGUCAACCAAGAAGCUCUGAAAAUCUUGUCUACAAUUAAACAGAAGGUGGUGGUGGUGGCCAUCGUGGGCCUCUACCGCACAGGAAAAUCCUACCUAAUGAACAGCCUGGCUGGGAAGAAAAGAGGCUUCUCUCUGGGCUCCACAAUACAGUCUCACACCAAAGGAAUCUGGAUGUGGUGCGUGCCCCAUCCCAAGAAGCCAGGCCACACCCUGGUUCUGCUUGACACCGAGGGCCUGGAAGAUGUUGAGAAGGGAGACAACCAGAACGACUGCUGGAUCUUUGCCCUGGCAGUCCUCUUCAGCAGCACCUUCAUCUAUAACAGCAUGGGAACCAUCAAUCAGCAUGCCAUGGAUCAGCUGCAGUAUCCUUUUAUUGUGGUCAAAAACAGCCCUAAACCUAGAAGAACAGCUUCAUUAUUUUACCAACAGACAGGUCUACAGUGCCUAGUGCUGACGUAUGUCAACGCCAUCAGCAAUGGGGAACUGCCCUGUAUGGAGAAUGCAGUCCUGACUUUGGCCAGGAUAGAGAACUCAGCUGCGGUGCAAAAGGCCAUUGCCCACUAUGACCAGCAGAUGAGACAGAAGAUGCAGCUGCCCACAGAAACACUCCGGGAGCUGCUAGAUCUGCACAGAGUUGUUGAGAAAGAAGCCAUUGAAGUCUUCAUGAAAAAUUCUUUCAAGGAUGAAGACCAAAAGUUCCAGAGGGAAUUAGGGGCCCAGUUGGAAGGAAAGAGAGAUGUUGUUAUCAAGAAGAACGAGGACGUGUCGUCGGAUCGCUGCUCAGCCUUGCUGCAGGAUAUUUUUGCUCCUCUGGAAGAAGAAGUGAAGCAGGGGGCAUUUUCUAAACCAGGGGGUUACUAUGUCUUUCUUCAGAAGAAACAGGAACUGGAGAACAAGUAUAAGCAGGCUCCUGGAAAGGGGGUACAGGCAGAAGAGAUGCUAAAGAAGUACUUCGAGUCCAAGGAGGAUGUGGCUGCUACACUGCUAAAGACUGAUCAGUCCCUCACAGAACAGGAAAAGCAGAUUGAAGUGGAACGGAUAAAAGUUGAAGCUGCAGAAGCUAUGAAUAGAGAGUUGCAAGAAAUGCAAAAGAAAACUGAGCUGCUGAUGGAACAGAAAGAGAAGAGUUACCAGGAGCACGUGAGACAGAUGACCGAGAAGAUGGAGCAGGAAAGGGAACAGUUAAUGGCUGAGAAUAAUAAAACCAUAUCUCUUAAACUGAAGGUAUUUGAUCACAUCAUCUCAAUAAGUUCCUGGGUCCCAGUAAAACCAAAAGUUUGUCAGAAGACUGAACCCACACCACACAUACACCAAGAAAAGGUGUUCAGGCCUCCGAAAGUAGAGUGAGCCAGCCAGGUGCUCUGUUAGUUUUCAUUCCUUUUGCCACUUUUAUCCCUGACCACUUCUAGUUAUUAAAGUCUGUUUAUUACUG